UGUUCCGGCAAUCAGCUCAUAUUCUCUGUCUGGUUGCUGCAUCAUCAGUUCUGUUACCAAAUGAGUUCAAUUACUUGGUUUAGCGUAUUUGACUUCCAUGACAUCUUUUGGGUUACUGGAGAUUAUGUUUUGUCUAUAAUUCUAUGGAAUAUGUUUAAAGUUUUGCUCUUUAUUAUUGCUAUCUCAGUUUCACGAUGUGGGAUGAUUGUUACCCUCUAAGCUUUGUUUAUCCAUUACUCAUCUGUUUCUGAACAAGUUAUACCCAUCAAAUCCUUGAUCAAAUUCACCUCUGUGUGCAAGUUUUGGAGGUCUGCCAUCAAAGACCCAAGCUUUAUUUUAACCCACCUCACCCACAAACUCAAUUUCAAAUGACCAAAAUGCCACUCACUUCAUGCUACUCCACACUGUUUCCAGUGAAGAGUUCACAUAAAGAAGACUCUUACUUUCUGUAUUAUGAUAACAAUGCUGUCGCUGAGUAUUGCAAGGUUGAAUUUCCAAUUGGUGUUAAGGGAGUGGUGAUCAACCUUUGUUUUCGUGUUGUGGGUACUUGUAAUGGGGUGAUGAUUUAGGGCGAUUGCAUUUAACUGUCCAUGCUUCUUGUCCUGGGUGAUUCAGCUUCUAAUGUAUAUGUUUGUGAAUAGAUAACACCAUUAUGCUGGCAAUAUUUGAGAAUAUACGCCAGUUAGAAGAAAACGUAGCUGAUGAAGAUCACACCAUUUCUCGAUCUCACUACCCGGUUGGCCUAUACACCUCCUACAUGGGCAAGUCUAAGUUGUGGCAUCUUUGUACUCAUCACGCUCACGCUUUCAAUCUAUCUUCUCUUUGAGCACCUUUCCGCAUACAAGAAUCCUGAGGAACAAAAGUUUUUAAUUGGUGUCAUCCUCAUGGUUCCAUGCUAUGCAGUAGAGUCAUUAGUGUCUUUGGUGAACCCAUCAAUAAGUGUUGAUUGCGCGAUUCUACGGGAUUGUUACGAAUCUUUUGCCAUGUAUUGCUUUGGAAGAUACCUGGUUGCAUGUUUAGGUGGGGAAGAAAGGACAAUCGAGUUUAUGGAAAGACAAGGACGAGCAAGUUAUAAGACUCCCCUAUUAGUAGACAGUUCUGGAAAUGGAACUGUCACGCAUCCUUUUCCAAUGAACUUAAUCUUGAAACCAUGGAAACUUGGUCAAGGAUUUUACCAACUUGUCAAAUUCGGAAUUGUUCAGUAUAUCACUUAUAUCCUCUGGCAGAUGAUAUUCAAGUCUCUCAGUGCUAUUGUAGCAGUUAUCCUUGAAGCUUUUGGUGUAUACUGUGAUGGAGAAUUUAAAUGGGGAUGUGGGUAUCCUUAUAUUGCAGUGAUUCUAAAUUUUAGUCAGUCAUGGGCUUUGUACUGUCUAGUUCAGUUUUAUGCCGUUACAAAAGAUGAACUAGCUCAUAUAAAGCCAUUAUACAAGUUUCUGACUUUUAAGUCGAUUGUGUUCUUGACAUGGUGGCAAGGUGUGGCAAUUGCUCUUCUCUAUGCUCUUGGUUUGUUCAAAAGUCCUAUAGCUCAAGGCUUACAAUUUAAGUCAAGUGUUCAAGACUUCGUCAUUUGUAUAGAGAUGUGCAUUGCUUCUGUUGUUCACCUGUAUGUUUUUCCUGCAAAGCCUUAUGAACUGAUGGGAGAUCGCUUCCCCGGGAGUGUCUCAGUUCUUGGAGACUAUGUAUCUGCUGACUGUCCUUUGGAUCCCGAUGAAGUAAGGGACAGUGAACGUCCCACAAAGCUACGCCUUCCCACUCCUGACAUUGAUGUUAGGAGCGGAAUGACCAUAAGAGAAAGCGUUCGGGAUGUUUUUAUCGGUGGUGGGGGAUAUAUUGUUAGCGAUGUGAAGUUUACAGUAACACAGGCAGUUGAGCCUGUAGAGAAGGGGUUAACAAGGUUCAAUGAGAAGCUACACAAGAUAUCUCAAAACAUUAAGAGACAUGACAAGGAGAAGAGGAAAGCAAAGGAUGACAGUUGUAUUUCCACAUCGUCACCUGUAGGGAAGGUGAUUCGUGGGAUAGAUGACCCUCUCUUGAAUGGAAGUAUGAGCGAUAGUGGUGUAUCAAGGGCAAAGAAGCAUCGCCGAAAAUCAGGUUAUACGAGUGCAGAAAGCGGUGGAGAGAGCAGCAGUGACCAAAGUUAUGGUGGGUAUCAGGUCAGAGGCCGCAGGUGGGUUACCAAAGAUUAAAAGGUAGAAGAUGAUUGCAGAAUGGGGGGAAGAUGUGGCUGCUGGCCUAUCUUGGGGUUAUUUUUGUUAGGGGCGUGAAAAUUGUAAAUGUCUACGUAGAGGAAACAUUUUAUUUAGGAUGAUGUAAUUUACACGUUCUGUAACAACUAAUUUAGAACUCAUCUUUCACUUAUCGCAGAGUAGUUGAUUCCUUUUCCUUUA